CUUCUCCCCAUAGUUGAUGAAGUACUUGGACGCCAUGACACACAAGUGUACAUCAUUGACGUCAAGAGACAUGUGCAGCACGAGCUCCUCAGCGACGGUGACCUUGAGAGCUUUCACCGCUCCUUCCUACCAAACUCCACCCUCGAUUCCGGCGAGCCGCGGUUGGUUUACUCUUACCGCCAUGUUCUCAGCGGCUUCGCCGCCCGCCUCACUCCGGGAGAGUUGGAGGCCGUUAAGGCUAAACCCGGCUUUCUCCAUGCGCAGCGUGAUCGCCGCUACCAGUUUGCAACAACCUAUACACCAAAAUCACAUCCUUCAUUCAAAGACACUAACAUGCCACCACAACCACCUCCUGCAAAUUGGAAGGGUAGCUAUUUAGAUGCAGGUUUCCCAUGCAACAAUAAGAUCAUCGGAGCAAAAGCAUUUUAUCAAGGGGCUAACCCUCCCGUUGAAGACAUAAGCGGGCAUGGAACUCAUGUGGCAAGCAUUGCAGCUGGCAAUUUUGUCAAGGAUGCAAAUGUUCUCGGAAUGGCAAAGGGUGACCCAGCAUCUGGCAUGGCAUCCAUGGCUUAUCUCUCCAUUUACCAAGUUUGCUUCGUUAAUGAAGGGUGUGAUAUGACUAACAUAUACGCUGGCAUCGAUCAAGCGAUAGUAGAUGAGGUGGACAUCCUCUCGAUGUCUAUUAGUGGUGAUCCUACUGAUAAGCUUUAUGAGGUUCCAAUUUCUAGGGGUUCUAUGGCUGCCAUACAAUAUGGAAUCAUUCCUGUCGCUUCGGCAGGAAAUGCUGGGCCUGAUACUGGGCACUUAGUCAUAGUGCGCCUUGGGUAUUAA